GGUGCAGCCAAAAGCAUCUAUCUGGCAACAUACUCUUCCGUAGCAGUUUUUGAGCUCAUGGUACGUGGAAUUGCAUGUAUGCGUAGACGAACAGAUGGAUAUAUCAAUGCAACACAAAUCUUAAAGAUUGCAGGAAUCGAUAAAGCAAAACGAACAAAAAUUCUAGAAAAGGAAAUCCUAACAGGUGAACAUGAAAAGGUACAAGGUGGAUACGGUAAAUAUCAAGGAACUUGGAUCCCUCUCAAACGUGCUCAAGAAUUAUCUGCUACCUAUCUUGUCGCCCAUCUCUUGCAGCCUCUUUUGGAAUUCGAUCCCUCCAAAGCAGGAAGCGUUCCUGUUGCUGGUAAACGCAAACGUCCAAACCCAAACGCUCCAGCUGCAAGUGCUUUCCAUCGUCAAUCAUCCGGAGCUCCACCUGCAAAGGGUACUGGGGCCAAAGCAUCACCUGCCCCUGUUUCAGCAUCAGCCUCUACAACUACACUCGAUCCUUCUGCUCCCGGACCAAGUCUGCAACCUCGAUUCAUCUCUUUGCGCCCACCACCGGGUGUUUCCCCUUCCGACUCCUUGAACGGAUUGUUGGAUUCUGGCAAUCUGGUCUUCCCUCGCGGAACCACUGCCGAACAAAAGGAGACUUUGAGCAAGUAUUCUUCUCAUGGCUACACACCUCAAGGUGUUCCACUACCGAAUGGAAAGAGUGCACAAGCAGAAGAAGUUGGCUCUAAAGGAAAGAGAGGAGCUGACUCUGCUUUCGGUGAUGAAGAGGAAAUUGGUGAGGUGAAAAGGCAGCGUGCCAAUGGAGCGGCAGAUGAGAGUAUGGCGGAUUCAUCUUUCAUCUUGGGUCCAUCACCAGUAAAAGAUUUGAAUGCUUUGGGAAGAAUCUCAUCUCCCACAUCUGCAUUACGUGGAGCAAGAGCGCCUACGAGACUACAUCGAGUCGCUUUAGGCCCACCUGAUGCGUUCAGACAACUUCAAUUGGACGGAACAAGAUUCGCUGAUCGUCCACAAAUCAUACAAGAAGGUGAUGAAAUAGGAAGACGGAUGCGAUCAAAACUCUUGCAAUUGUUUGUUGAUGAACGCCUCUCGCAGGCCGACGCGGAAGAUCAAUCAGAACAAGUUACUGUACAUGAUGAGAGGAAGUUGGACGAGUUAUUGAAUGAGCUACGGGUAGCUGCUCAAUCUGUCGAGGAAGGGCAAACAGAUGAAGCAACCGGUGUUGCACAAAUGAACGGUCACGCUUUGGAUGCCAGUACACCUCCUCCAUGUGUGGAUUUGGUGAUUGAUGAACAUGGACAUUCUGCUUUGCAUUGGUCAGCUGCAUUAGCAAAGAUCAAUUAUGUUCGUUUCUUGUGCGCUCGUGCUCCUUCAUCUGGUGGUGCAAACACUCAUUCCGGUAACCAUGCAGGUGAGACACCACUUCACAGGACAGUUCUUGUGUCGAAUGCAUACGAAUCAAGCAGUUUCCCCGCAUUGCUUCACCUACUAUCACCAAGUUUGCACACGAGAGAUUAUCGUAAACGGACAGUUGUCCAUCAUAUUGCAUUAAUCUCAUCAGUCAAGGGCAGAGCAACGUCAGCACGCUAUUAUUUGGCUUGCUUGUUAGAGUACAUUGCCAAAUAUCAAGGUGGUCGAUAUGCGGCCUUGAUUGAUGCACAAGACGAUGAAGGAGAAACAGCAUUAAGCAUCGUUGCGAGGAUUGGAAAUGUAAGCAUGAUUAAGAUGCUUUUGGACGUAGGUGCAAGAAAGGAUAUUGCCAAUGAGCUUGGACUUAGAGCAUCCGAUUGGGGCAUUGAUGCAGUUGAUAAUGCUGAAAGUGCCGAAGCAGGUGCUCCUGGCGAUGGUCUAGCAGAUGCGACAAAAGACAAGCCUACUGAAGCAGUGACUGCACUAACGCGACCUCCUCGUGCACCUGUUCAAAAGAGCAAGGAUGUCUUGGAGCAAAUGGGAACAGUAUUGCAAGAUUUAGCAGACGUUUUCCAGAAAGAACUCACCGAUAAAGGAGAAGCACUUACCAUCGCACAAGCCCACCUACAAAGCGCAACAAGAGAAUUAGCUUUGCGUAGAAGAAGAAUUGCAGAAAGUCAAUCUCACGUUGCUGAACGAGAUGAGGCACGAAUGAGAAGAAGAAAUAUUGGCAAAGUGAUUCGAGAGCAAUUAUUGAUGUUGGGUGAAAGUGCAGCAUCUACAAUAGAGAGUAUCGAUGAAGAAGGGCUGAUUGCCGAAUUUGUCGCUACACACGGUCAAGAUAUCAUGGAACUCGAUGAAGACGAAGAUGCCCCAUUCAAAGAUGGUGAAAAGGGUGACGAGCUGGUACGAUGGAGAUGGUUAGAGGGAUGGUACAAGGAACUCCUACUUUCAUUAGAAUCAAAGAUUGAUGCUUUGGAAGUGAGUGGAGCGGAAAAGAUGAGUCAAUGUAGAAAAGUUGUAGCAAUGUGCUGUGGCGUUCAAGAAGAGAAAGUGGAAGGAAUUUUGGAUGAUUUAAUGGUUGCUACCGAAUCAAUCGGUACAGAAGGCGUUAAUCUUCAACGAUUGGCAGGAUUCCUCUCAAAGGUAAAAGAGACAAGG